AUGAUAGCCUUUCUACUGCAGCUCUUCACCAGCCUUGGGCUGCCGCUCGUGGCGUUUCUCCUAUACAGCCAUCUCGCCGACUCAGUCCACACACGUGGCAACGUCGCUCAAGGCGACGCUGGCGCCGUGGACGGCACCGACACCUUCAGCCGACAGGUGCGGGCGGAGCUGGAGCAGCUCGAUGUGGCCUCCGCGCCUCCCUCAGCGGCAGUGGCGGUGCCGCCGGCCCCAGUGCCGGCUGAAAUCCUGAUCACCUACGCAACGCAGUCGAAGAACUCGCUAGCGCUGGCGCACAAACUUUUCUCGCUCAUCACGGCGCACCUGCACACAGCACCGCUGGCAACGGCCGAAGAUGUCGUCCGCCCGCUCGUGCGGGUGAUGGAAAUGCGCGAAGAGGAAGGGAACAGCAGGAACGUGUGCCGCGUCGACACGCUGCUGGAGCAGAACCAGUAUGCGCUAACCAUCUUUAUCGCCAGUACGUAUACGGACGGCGUCGCGCCGCCGCGGUCGCAGGCGUUCGAGGCGAUGCUGAAGGACGCCUUCGAGGACCACCGCAUCCCGCGCAACACUCUCGGCCGCAAGCACUUCGCCGUCUUCGGUCUCGGUGACAUCGCAUACGGCGAGGAAAAGUUUAACGCCUUCGCCAAGAACCUGCACGAGUGGUGCCGCGGCCUCGGCGCACCGCCGUUCGUGGUCCCGCCGGUGUACGCGACGGAGGCGAAGACACAGUCGCUCUUCCGCAUCUUCUCCACGGCGCUGCUGAAGUGGAUGAGCCGCGCCUUCUUCCACGCGGAUGGCACGGUGACCGUCAAGAAAAAGUCGGAGAUGGCAGCGGCCAGUCCUGCAGCGGCCAGUGCCACGGAAGCGCGCAGCUGCAAGGGCGGUAACACCCCCAUCAUCUCCGCCGGGGCGGAGGGUGAGCGGUGUGCGUGCCGGCAGUCGUCGCAGCCGCUCUGCGGCAGCAGUGCCGGUGGAGACGGCGAUGAUGGCUCUGCGUGCUGCAAGGCGGGCACGAUGGCCGACGGCGUUGCCGCGAGCAAGAGCGACGACGACGACGACGACGACAACAACAACGCGGGGAACGACGACAUGGACGAUGUCGAGGACCUUGUGUGGGACGGCACCGACGACGCCGACUUCGACCUCAACAAGGACCCAAGCGAGCUGCCCGAGCUGCUCUACCCGAAGCUGCGCCAGAACCUGGAGAAGCAAGGGUACCGCCUCGUCGGCUCCCACUCGGGCGUGAAGCUGUGCCGGUGGACCAAGUCGAUGCUACGUGGUCGGGGCGGGUGCUACAAGCACACCUUCUACAACAUCAACUCCUCCCAGUGCAUGGAGAUGACGCCGAGCCUGGCGUGUGCGAAUAAAUGUGUUUUCUGUUGGCGCCAUCACACGAACCCCAUCUCGCGCCACUUUCGGUGGAAGCAGGACCCACCGGAGCUGCUCAUCGCGCAAGGGAUGGCGGGACACUACCAGAUGAUCAAGCAGAUGCGCGGUGUCCCGGGCGUGACGCCGGAGCGGCUGGCCACGGCCAUGCAGAUCCGCCACUGCGCCCUCUCCCUCGUGGGUGAGCCCAUCAUGUACCCGCAGAUCAACGGCUUCUGUGACCUGCUGCACCAGCACCGUAUCUCCUCUUUUAUGGUGACGAAUGCGCAGUUCCCGGAGCAGCUGCGGGACUUGAAGCCGGUCGUGCAGCUCUACCUUUCCAUCGACGCCCCAACGCCCGAGGAACUGAAGCGGAUCGACCGGCCGCUCUUCGAGGACUACUGGGAUCGCUGCCUCAGCUGCGUGAAGGAGUUGGCGAGGAAGCAGCAGCGCACCGUGUUCCGGCUGACGCUGGUGAACCAGUACAACACGGAGAACGUGAAGGCGUACGCGGACCUGGUUGAGAUGGGGCAGCCGGACUUCAUUGAAGUGAAGGGUGUCACGUACUGCGGCACAAGCAGCAGCAGCACGCUGAACAUGAAGGAUAACGUCCCACGGCAUGACGAAGUGGUCAACUUCUGCAAGGCGCUCUGCGCCGAGAUGGCAAGCCGGCACCCACACUACCGCACCCCGCAGAUGGACAGGGAAGAGGCAGGCGGCAGCGACGUGAUUGUCAUCCCUGCCGAGGAGCGCAACCGCCCAUACCACGUAGCGUGCGAGCACGAGCACAGCUGCUGCGUCCUCAUCGCACUCGACAAGUUCUUCUUCGAUGGUCACUGGCACACCUGGAUCGACUACGAGCGCUUCUACGACCUGGUUGAGUCGGGGCGCACGGACUUCACCUCGCUAGACUACGCCGCCGUGACGCCGCCCUGGGCCACGUACAACUCGAAGGAGAAGGGCUUUGACCCCGAGCAGACACGCGUGGUGCGCAAGAACGCGCGACCGACAACGGUGAUGGCCAGCUGCUAG